AUGGUCAGUUCUUUGGAGCAUACGGAUGACAUUUUGAUAAAGUUUCACAUGUCAGGAUGUGUAAUGAAAAUCAGAGGUCCUUUGAUAGAACGUGACCCCAUCUUACAACACAUGGGGAAUGUUUCGUUAGCACUGCACGUUCUAGGAGAAUAUGUGAACCCCCAGUCACCCUGGCAGCCAUACCUGCGCAUCCUUCCAGCCUCAUAUUCAACCACAUUGUACUUCUCUCAGGAGGAGAUCCUUGGCCUGAAGGGCUCACCAGCACUAGAGGAAGCAGUGAGACAGUUCCGGAACAUUGCGCGCCAGUACUCGUACUUCUAUCGAAUACUGCACUCGUUACCAGAGGCGAGAAGUUGGCCGAUCAAGGACUACUUCACCUUUGACGCUUAUAGAUGGGCAGUUUCAACAAUCAUGACGCGCCAGAACAGGGUGCCGACCAAAGGGGCUAGUGGCCAGCUAGCUCUCAUCCCGGCCUGGGACAUGUGCAAUCACGAGCAGGGAAUUUAUUCUACAGACUAUGACGAGGAGAAAAACUGCUGCGUGUGUUUAGCGCAGAAGGACUUCAAAAAGGGAGACCAGUUCACCAUCUAUUAUGGGAAGCGUCACAAUGUAGAACUCUUCCUACACAACGGCUUUGUUGAAAUAGGCAACGAAAACGACAGCCUCGCCAUCAAGCUGGGAGUGAGCAAGAACGACCCACUCCACGACGAGAAGGUGGCGCUCUUGGCCUCCCUGGGGCUGCCCUCCUCCGGCUCCUUCAUGCUGAUCCCGGGGCUGCAUCCCAUCUCUCCUGGCCUGCUGGCUUUCACGAGGAUCUUCUGCAUGGAGAAGGAAAUACAAGACUGGAUGCAAGAAAAGCCUGCAGUGAAGCAAGAUGUUCAAGAGAAAAGUUCUUUGGACAAGUGGAAGGGUGACGGAGAAAAGGCCAAGGGUCUGUUGCACGAGGACUGCGACGUGGGCACGACGGUCCAGGAUAAAACGUGGAGGUUCCUGCACACGCGCGUCUCCCUCCUCAUCAGGGCUUAUCCAACAACGCUCGAG